UUUAUCUAUCAAUAAUAAUUACAAGUAUUUAUACAAAUCAAAUAAUAAUGAUGAUAAUAAUAAUAAGAGAAAUGGUAACACAACUCAUUAUCGUUUCCUUUUGAGCGGUCUGUUUUAUUGGAUGCUUAACUUUAAUAAUAAUAACGAUGAAGAAGUUCCUGAACUUAUUAUGACUAUUAAACGUUCGAUAUUAGCUAUGCAGAGACAAGAAUAUAACAAAGCUGAACAGAUGUUACAUGUCGGUUUGAGAGAAGCUCAGGUUCUACAAGAUGAAAAUGCUAUCACUUAUAUUUAUGAUUUGCUGGCUAAUGUCGCAUUUGAGACGGGACAAUUUAGAAAAGCUGAAGAUUUAUUCCUCUUGGUUAUAAAAAGAUUAUUUGCCCAAGGGAUAAGUAUGGAAGAUGUGAAAGUCUUACAUAUUAGUUUAAAGUUAGCAAAUAUAUAUGAACAUACAGGAGACAAAGAAAAAGCAGAAAGUGGUUAUCAAUACUGUGUAGAAAACAUACCAAUUCUUUUGGAUAAAGAUCCUGAAAAUAAAGAUAUAUUAAUAUUGUUAGCUAUGACUUACGAUUGGUAUGCAAAAAUGCUUGAAUCUUUGGGAAGAUACGCAGACGCUUAUAAGUAUCUUGAACAAUCUUAUGACAUAUGCGUUAAAGUUCAUGGCAAAUUUCACGAGCAAACAGUUUAUUUACUUAAUACAUUAGGAGUCGUAAGUUAUCUAAUGCAAGACUAUGAUAAGUCAAUUGAAUAUUUAACUACUGCUAUAGAAAUAGGAAGAGCUUUGCCAGAUAUGGUUUCUUUAGGUUUAAUUCAUGUCAAUUUAGGGGAUGCUUAUUUAAAAAAAGGUUUAUAUGCCGAAGCUAAGAAAGCUUGCACUAAUGGUCGAAUAAUAGCUAAAAGUAAAGAGGAUAAUGAAUGUUUAGCGGAAGCUAAUAUAUGUUUAGAAAAUAUUAAAAAAGUAAUGUGAUUUUAAUGAGUAUUAUUUUAAAAAUAAAUAAAAUAUUUAGAU